GAAGAAACAGAAAUUGUUGAUUUCAUUAUCCGUGGCCGCAUUGUCAUCUCAAUGCGGUCAGCACCCGAUCCGUAGCCAUUUUGGCUCAAGCUUAGGUUUAGGGUCCGUGUGGUUGAUCCAUUGACUGGGAGUUACGGGCUCCCGUCGUCGCUGCUGCGGCGCGCAAUGGGAGAGAGUGGAAGGCGCGUCUUGGUAGUUGGCCAUGGGCCCAUCGGGCAUUCCUUCAUCGAGAAGUUGGGGGAGCGCAAGGCUGGCUUCGACAUCUCCGUGCUGUGCGAGGAGCCGCGCCCAGCCUACAACCGCGUGAUGCUGACGCAGUACUUCGCGGACCGCGACGGAGACAAGCACGACCAGAUGAAAUUGUCUUACUGCACUGAAGCCUCCCUUCAGGAGACCGGCGUGAAGCUCAUUUAUGGCCGUGCAGUCGCGGUGGACCGAGAGGGCAAGUCGGUGUCAUACACGGAUCCCUCUGGCAGUUCCAUGUCUGUGGGUUACGACCUUCUGGUGUUCGCUACUGGCAGCUAUUGCUUUGUGCCACCGACUCCAGGGAUGGUGAUCCCAGAGAAGAAGAACCCGCAUUGGCCGGACGAUCCUGCUUCGCGUCCUGACGGCGUUUUCGUGUACCGCACGAUCGAGGACUUGGACGGACUUAUCGCUGCGUCGAAGGGUGGUGCGAGGAAGGCAGCAGUGAUCGGUGGUGGCUUGCUUGGACUGGAAGCCGCGAAGGCCGUGUACGAAUUGAAGAUGGAAAGCCACGUCUUAGAGAUGGCGCCCUUCUUGAUGCCGGCCCAGCUGAACAAAGCUGCUGGCACCUUGCUCGCAAAGAAGAUUGAGGCCUUGGACAUCCGGGUGCACACCGGGGUCAGGAUCCUGGAGGUGGUUCUUUCCGAAGGAAGAGUGGUCGGGAUCAAAAUCAUCGAGCAUGGCACGGAGGAGCCCAUCAUCCUCGAGGUCGAUGUGGUGGUGGUCUCGUGCGGCAUCCGCCCCCGUGAUGAGCUCGCAAAGGGCUGCGGCCUUGAACUUGGUGGCCGGGGUGGUAUCAAGGUUGAUAGUGGGCUCUGCACAGCAGACCCGUCCAUCUACGCCAUAGGUGAAUGUGCAUCGAUCGAUGGCAACUUCUGCUAUGGUCUCUGGGCCCCUGGAGUCGAGCAGGCCGAAGUGGUCGUGAAGCGUUUCGUGGAUGGCCCCGGUGCCGCUCAUUACUCCCACAGCGAUCUCAGCACGAAGCUCAAGCUCAUGGGCGUUGACGUGGCCUCCUUUGGCCGCACGUCGGACUUCUGGUUCAAGCGGCAGUACGACGAGGCAGAUGACAAGAAGGUCGUGAGCCUCGAGAAUUCGAAUCCUUUCGAAGGAACCUACAAGAAGCUAUGCUUCAGCCCAGAUGGAAAGACGUUGCUUGGUGGGUUGCUUGUGGGGGAUACGAAGGACUACACGAAGCUCUUGCAGCUGAGCAAGAAGGAUUCCGAGUAUGUGGUCCCGGCAGUGGACUUCAAGCUAGCCGUCACUGCCAACAAGAUUAAAGAUGAGGCCCCGCCACCGCCACCGCCAGCACCGAAGAAGCCAAAGCAGGAGGUGGUGCCAACUAGUGCCGACGGUCAGCUGGCGGUCGGUCCGGCAGGGGAGGGUGGCAAGCGCGUCUUGGUGGUUGGCCAUGGGCCCAUCGGGCAUUCUUUCAUCGAGAAGCUGGGGGAGCGCGACGACGGCUGGGAGAUCUCCGUGCUGUGCGAGGAGCCGCGCCCGGCCUACAACCGCGUGAUGCUGACGCAGUACUUCGCGGACCGCGACGGAGACAAGCACGACCAGAUGAAAUUGUCUUACUGCACUGAAGCCUCCCUCCAGGAGACCGGCGUGAAGCUCAUUUAUGGCCGUGCAGUCGCGGUGGACCGAGAGGGCAAGUCGGUGUCAUACACGGAUCCCUCUGGCAGUUCCAUGUCUGUGGGUUACGACCUUCUGGUGUUCGCUACUGGCAGCUAUUGCUUUGUGCCACCGACUCCAGGGAUGGUGAUCCCGGAGAAGAAGAACCCGCAUUGGCCGGACGAUCCUGCUUCGCGUCCUGACGGCGUUUUCGUGUACCGCACGAUCGAGGACUUGGAUGGACUUAUCGCUGCGUCGAAGGGUGGUGCGAGGAAGGCAGCAGUGAUCGGUGGUGGCUUGCUUGGGCUCGAGGCCGCGAAGGCCGUGUACGACCUGAAGAUGGAGAGCCACGUCUUGGAGAUGGCGCCGUUCUUGAUGCCGACCCAGCUGAAUAAGACCGCAGGCACUGUUCUCGCAAAGAAGAUCGAGGCCUUGGAUAUCCAGGUGCACAUCGGGGUCAAGAUUCUGGAGGUGGUUCUUUCUGCGGGAAAGGUGGUCGGGAUCAAGAUCAUCGAAAAUGGCACGGAGGAGCCUAUCGUCCUGGACGUCGAUAUUGUGGUGGUCUCUUGCGGCAUCCGCCCCCGUGAUGAGUUGGCAAAAGGAUGCGGCCUAGAGCUUGGUGGCCGGGGCGGUGUCAAGGUUGACAGUGGACUUCGCACCGCAGACCCGUCAAUCUACGCCAUAGGUGAAUGCGCUUCGAUCGACGGCAACUUCUGCUACGGUCUCUGGGCCCCUGGUGUCGAGCAGGCUGAGGUAGUGGUGAAGAAUCUAGUGGAUGGUCCAGGAUCAGCCGAGUACGCUUCCAGCGAUCUUAGCACGAAGCUCAAGCUCUUGGGUGUUGACGUAGCAUCCUUUGGUUCUCACAACGACUUCUUCUUCAAGCGCUGGUUCGACGACAAGGAUCCCGAGGUCAUCUCUUUGGAGUGUUCCAACCCCUUGACGGGCUCUUACAGGAAGCUUUGUUUCAACUCGGAUGGCACCAAGCUCGUGGGAGGUCUCUUGGUCGGCGACGCCAAGGAUUACACCAAGCUGCUGCAGCUGAGCAAAAAGGACGACCUGGGCGAUCUCGAUCCCGAGAGCCUCACCUACCAGAGGCCGCCUCCGGGGGAUGGCGGCGCUGCGCCUGCGGACGGCGGCGAUGGCACCGGCCUAGCCGACGACGACUUGGUCUGCACGUGCAUUGGGCUGUCCAAGGCCGACAUCACGAAGGCCAUCAUCGAUAAGGAGGCCACAACGAUCCCGCUACUCAAGAAGGCCUGCAAGGUAGGCACGGGAUGCGGUGGUUGUGUCACGCCUGUGGGCGCGGUCCCCAAGAUCCUCGCAGCCACGCUGAAGAAGCUUGGGAAGACGGGCCCUAUUGGGAUUUGUGCCCACUUCCCUUACAGCCGUAAGGAGCUCUUCGACAUUGUCAGGAUCAAGAAGCUGAAGACCUUCCCGGACGUGCUGAGCGCGGUGGGAAAAGGCAACGGCUGCGAGCUCUGCAAACCCAUCUUGGCGUCCAUCUUGGGUGGUCUCUGGAACGAGCACAUCCUAGAUAAGGGCCGGGACGAGAUCCAGGACACGAACGACAGGUUUUGCGGAAACAUCCAGAAGACGGGAACGUAUUCCGUGAUUCCGCGUUGCCCAGGCGGUGACAUCUCCCCGCAAGAGCUCGAGGACUUCGCCAAAAUCGCCAAGAAGUACGGCCUGUGGACGAAGAUCACUGGCGCACAGCGCCUGGGCAUGUUCGGGGCCGAGAGACACCAGCUUCCUAGCAUCUGGAAGGAGCUCGUCGACGCGGGCAUGGAGUCGGGGCAGGCCUAUGGCAAGUCGCUGCGGACCGUGAAGAGCUGCGUGGGGUCUACGUGGUGCCGCUACGGCCAGCAAGACUCCGUGACCAUGGCCGUGAUCCUUGAGAACCGGUACAAGGGCAUCCGCUCUCCGCACAAGAUGAAGAUGGGAGUGUCUGGCUGCCUCCGGGAGUGCGCCGAGGCCCAGGGCAAGGACGUCGGGCUCAUCGCCACUCAGAAGGGGUACAACCUCUACGUCUGCGGCAACGGGGGUGCGAAGCCUGUGCACGCGGCUCUGCUGGGCACGGACCUCAGCGAGGAGGAGUGCAUCAAGUACAUCGACCGCACCCUGAUGUUCUACAUCUCCACUGCGAAGCACUUGCAGCGGACCGCCCCCUGGCUUGAGGAGCUCCCGGGAGGCAUCGAGUACUUGAAGCAGGUCGUCAUCGGAGACAAGCUUGGCAUAUGUUCAGAGUUGGAGGCACUCUUGGAGCACGCCCACUGCACCUACAAGUGCGAGUGGAAGGAAGUCGUGUACGACGCUUCGCUGGCCAAGAAGUUCCAGCAGUACGCGAAUACGCAGGAAACCCAGCAUACGGAGCACAUAGAGUACGUCGACAUGCGCCGGCAGCGCCACCCGAACGUGUACAGCCCCCCAGACGUCACAGGGCCUGCCAUCUUCCGGCGGGAAAAGGCGGACGAAGGCUGGGAGUGGUUCUCCGCGGGCAAGAUCGGUGACUACCCCGUGUGCGGUGGCCUCGCCAUGAAGCACGGGGCGGAGGAGAUUGCGGUCUUCAGCGUUACGGGGGUCGCCGACACCUCCGUUCCGCGACGGUGGUUCGCAACGCAGAACAUCUGCCCCCACAAGCAGGCCCGCACCAUCUCCCGGGGCCUGGUGGGCGAGACUCUGGAUGGCAAGGUCACCCUGGCGGACCCCAUCUACAAGACGAUGUACAACCUGGAGACCGGCGAGGGCAUCUCGAACUCGGCCCUGAACCUUUCCACUUUCGAGGUGAAGGCCGACGGGGCCACAGGGGACGUGCUGGUGAGGUUGCCCGAGGCGGCGUCGCUGGCCACGGCGUUCCGGGAGCAGGCCCGCGCGGCCGAGGAGGCCGUGGGCUUCAAGAGGCCGACCAAGGGCCGCGACAUCAACAACAACCCCAUCCACCUGGAAGACUUGGUGCAACAAAGCUAGGGUCCUGAGCGGCGAUCAGGCGCGUGUGCUUGCCAGUUGUUCCUUGCCCUAGGUCCUGGGUGGCACCCAGGCGCGCUUCCCCACGGCAUCUUCCAAACUCUGAAUUCAAUGCGUGAUGGAGUAUCGUACUUUUGUUGUCUCCCUUUACUUAACCGCGACGGCACGAGCUAUCUUCCAGACACAUCUACCUCUGCGCCAUACGUGCGAAACAAGAGCCGUGUUGGUAUAGGUUCUUCGUGUCCGUACACGACUUAAUCGGCAUGGGGCAUUCAUUCGAAUUUUUCCGGGCUCGCAUGGAUGGAGUCUUGCCAGCUCUCGAAAGUUCUCUGUUUGUCCAGCCUCGCUCACGCCGAGCGCAGCAAGCUGCACAAUUCUGUGUCCACCGGCGGGUCGCAUAUGGCUGCGUGGCGAAGCCGUGCAACACUAGUCACGCGGGCAAUCCUUCAACGGAUGAACACCAAUAUGCUUGAUGGAGUCUCGCAUAUUUCCCUUUGCAAGUCCGUGAUUUUCGCCCUGGUUGGUUAGUCAUCGACCCCAUUCGACCGGAAGGCAGACGGCAGCCUUUGCAGGAUAGACAAUCAAAAUGCUGUUAAAUAGUUCGUUCGAGUUUUUGCGAAAGGCAGCCUUUGCAGGAUAAAAAAAUGCGGUCAGCACCCGACGUCCUAGAACCCGAACGCGCGCGA